UCUUCACGUCUGCUACCUGUGUGCUGUGGCACUGUGGGAUACAAGGGAAGCUAACUCCAUGAGUUCAGCACAUCGACCAGGACUUAAUUUCGUCGCUCCUGCUAUUCAAUUCCAGUAAUUAUAUUCUUUUUUAUUUCGGGCUCAAAACUGGAAGAAAGUGGACAUUACGUCAUCGCCACUCGCCCCAACGACCAUCAGCGCUAUUCUGUGAGGUGGCUGAAGCCUGGAGGAAGAUAGCACAAUAAUGAAAUAAUCAAUGUCUAGCUCAAUAGAUGACGUCAUCUGCACGUGCUUGACACGCGUGUAUGCUGAUCACUCGGCCAGAACGGACAGGCUGACCUGUAGACUAGAACACGCCCUUCCUAUCAGACAUACGUUCUUCCGACUAAAAAGAGUUCCUCACUUCCAGACUCGCGAUGACCUUCACAGUGAACACACUCCAGCAUAUCUACCUAUAUACAGGUUGGAAAAUGCUUCUUUGGAAAGCCUGUCCCAGAAAAGCAAGGCCGGAUGUAGGCGUGUUCUCAUUGAAGGCGACCUCGGCACUGGCAAGACUCUGGUGUGUCAACGGCUAUUGCACGAGUGGGCCAAGGCGAUGCAGUUUUUCAGACACGUCAAGAUCGACCAGCCUUACAUCCUAGUGGACACUGACCAAACCGGAAGUUAUCCGGGACACAACAAACACCAGCAUCAGGCUAAAGCGGAAGUGUCAGAAACAGACGGCCAAGGUGAUGCCGAAGGAACUGUGGACGAAAGUGACACCGUGCGGAGACACAGGAGGCAUCCCUGGAACCUCAAUGCGUUCGGAGAACAGCAUUCCUCCAGACCGGAAGUGCAGCCUCCGGUAGAGAUCAGGGUCACGGUCAGCAAAAGCAAAAGUUGCAAUAGCCACCUUAACAGCUUUUCCGGAAGUGACAAAGGAGCAGACGUCAAUGUGACGUGCAGGAAAACCGAUUCUCCUGAUAAUAACAGGGCAGGGGGCGAUAACGGCGACCAUCGGUCACGGAGGGCACUUUUCGUGGAGCAAAAAGAACAGGAACAAAUGAUGCGGUCAAACAGUGGGCAUAACAGGGCAAGGUCAGGGUCAGAAGACAAGGCCGGCCGUGGCAGCAGAAGUCGAAGUAAUGGUGAAAGCAGCACUAGGAAGAGAGAGAAAGCAAUUUGCGACGGCAUCCCUCAAAAGUAUCUCUCGCUACUCAACAUUGGCUCCCCAGGCGAAGGCGCCUUUGAGUCCCCAAACAGAAUAAAAGGCCCGUUUCGAGAACCUCGGCGUCAGCGGCCUUCUCGGUUGACUAGCAAUCUGACAGACUAUAAGGCUAUGAUUUACGUCCCCUGUGUCCGCAUGUCACUGGCCGAGAUACUUAACAAGUGCAACAACUCUAGAGUCCGGCACUAUUACGUGGCGGCCUCCGUGCUGCAGGACCUACUCUUCCUCAGCGACGUCCCUCACCAUCCACUCUCCUUCGACGCUGUGUAUCAAUGGGUGCUGACCAAUCGAGAGGACAUCUGCAUCAUCUUCGACAACAUUGACGGGUCGGAAGCUUGGCAGAGGCUCAUUUCAGACGCCUUUCACGACAAGGAUGGCUUCGGGAAGAUGAUUGCCGCCGCUACGCCUGGUCGUAUCUCGAAACGUGAUGUUGACACUCUGUUUUACUGUUACGGGCUGGCGACUGAAUACAGCAAUAAGACAUUGUUGUCUCGCCUGAGGACUGAAGCGCCCAGCGUCGUUGACCGGAUCUCAUUUCUUCUGACCUCAAACCACACACAGGAACUCUUGUGUAAUCCUCUGAGUUUGUCACUCCUUGCUGCGUAUUUCAGGAGCGUCAACGACGAUGACGACAUCCCUGAACAUCUCUCUGAACUGCUUGAGAACCUCAUCCAGCAUGCAAUGGCCCACGAGAACAACUCCGUUCAAAAUGUGUCUAAAGGCCGCCGCCAGAGGUUCUCACUCCAGGGAGUCUGUGAAACUGUUGCUUUCGAAUGUCUGGAGAAUGACACCAAUUAUUUUUCCAAGCAGAAGUUUCCGAAACAGUUCUGGGUUCGUCACCUUUGUGACUGCCGUGUACUUCACGAGGUCCAUGAGAUCGCAAACUUUGCCUCUAUCCACGAGAGGUUGCCGUCUCCUGUGGCGAAUCCGGUCAUAACUCCAGACAGUGACUCCGUCCACAGCAGCACGUCUUCCAAUUUCGACGUCAAUACUAACACAGAGACUAGCCCCAGUAAUCAAAUCCUUAACGUUCUCAGUGACCAAGACAACGAGCCGACCAUCAAACUCGAUACGACCACAACUGGAGUUCGUCUGCAAGUUCCUCAAAUUCAUAACAGUUUGGAGAGCUCCAAGAGAUACGCCGAGCGCCCGAAAUGUCUGUCUCUGGACAUGAGAACACCCCCAGGAAAACAGGUGCAGACAACCCAAGCUAGCGGUGAGAUUGUUUCCUUCACCAGCAGGUGUAUCCGCGACUUCCUUGCCUCGAAAAGAGUCUGUCGUUAUCUAAUGUCAGAUCGAGACUGCGAGGGCUUCAUUCAGAGGUUAAUCUCUAAACCACAGUUCUACCCAGUUCUCAGACUAACUGUGAGAAGUCUCUAUAUUAUGGACAGGUCCGACAUCAUUCUCAACUUGCUGGACAUGCUACUGACCUCACAAGAGAUUGGAUAUGUGCCUUACGGCAUCCAGUCUUCCCCCUCACCCCGAGGGCUGUCCCCUACCAACUUUCAAGAACCGCGGGCACGCAUUCCUCACCGGUACCGUGUGUCCAACUCGGACUGUCCGUUCAGAGCUAAGAAGGAAGAUCUCCAACAGAGACGGUCGUCUACGUCCAUCUUGGGCACGUGUCUUGAAGGAGCCACUCUGAAGACGUCCAUCAGUUUUAACCGUUUGUUAGGGAGCACGUCAUUGAGUCCAUACACUGCAGUGACCACUCCAGAUACGUCACGAGGGUACUUGGAAGACUUUAAAGAAGCUCUAAUCUGGUUGGCUGAGACAGACAACAGCGAACCUUAUAUUGGAGCUGUGUCCAACAGAUUUCCUGACACACUGGUCAUCUCCUACCAGGACUGCCCAUCGGAGACUAUCGAUCACUUCAUAUGUCUCACCAUGAGAAGCAGCCCAGUUGUCAGUGAAGUGGUCCUCUACAUGAGCGGAUUCUACUCCCAGUGGGACCUUGGACUCAGAUUGGCCGAAGCCUUGCGGGAACUGAAGAACCUGACGACUCUACGCGUAAGCAUGAAGUGUGUAGUGGAGACGUCAUUUCUGGUGGACUUCAUCUGCGAAUGCUUUGAAGGGAACGAGCAUAUUGAGACGUUAUAUCUGGAGGGUCCCAUGAAUGUUGCUGAGAACCUGACGCCCUGUGAGCACAAAAGGGUCCAGAAGACAUUCUCUGAGCAGCGAGGCCUAAAGACUUUGAUUCUGGACCACUUCAGUUACCAUCACAGAAUCUCCUACUUGCUGGGCUCGUGGCCCAACGUGUUGAGAGCCCUUCAAAUAAAAAGAAGCAACAUAGACAGCGUGGCCGAGAAAAUCAACGAGAAACUGACCGGUAGCCCCGAAAUGACCAGCCUGACUCUAGAAAACUGUUUUGUUCCUUCCCAUUGCCUUUAUUCUAUAGUUAGCUACAUCAAUGCGCAUGCGUCAUCUGUCAACAUCACGACAUUGGAAUUCACUCUCCUGUCGUCUGCUCGAAAGUUUAACAAAAACGAUGCCAAGAAGACGUACUUCAAGCCAGCGAUCACCAACGAAGUGUGCGCCAGCCUGGCAGAACUUGUACACAGCUCGCCAAGUCUCAAGCAUCUGAUCCUCAGUUAUAACGGCCUGUCAGACGAGAAGGCCAAGGUUCUACUGCAGGCCACCGUCGGUAGCAGGGCCCUGGCCACACUGGACCUCACUGGCAACCUGAUCGGCAACGCGGUAGAAGAUGACGUCAUGCUGCUGCUGAACAAGGCGACGAAUCUCAAAUCCUUGCUGCUGGGAGACAACAACAUCACCAAGGAAACUAGAAGCGUCAUCAUCAGAGGAUCAUUGAGCCGACAUGAUCUAAGGCUCAGUCUGUAAGAUCUGAACACUAAGUGGUGUGAUAAAAUGGUCAUACGUGAUCUUUACGAAACAAAAUAUAACUUGAUGUUUUUAUAUUUGUUUACAUUUCUUAUUUGAGGUUAUUUUUAGAGAAAUAUUAUUGCCAUUUUUGUUUGAAAAUGUUUGGUUUGUUUCGUUUUUUUAUAUUCAUAUUUUGUAUAUCAAGAAUAAAAAGUGAACCCAUGAGUGAACGAAAGAGAAAAAAAAAGGGGGGGGGGAGGAAGAGGCAGUGAGGGAGAGUAGGCCUACGCUGAACAAUUUAAUAACGUAGGCCUCUAAUUGUGUAAAUAAUGCGAAAACUUCAGAAUGUAUUGUAUUGGAACACAUAAUAUUUGCUAAAAUUAAAAGAAAAUAAUAGCUUUUCAUGGCUUAAGGGAAUCCAAAAGUUACAUCGCAACUUCUCGCUCAGUGUUUCUCAAACUUUUGCCAGUUGCGUCCUUCUAAACAAACACGAUUUUGUUCGCGCCCCUCUUAGCCUUAGGUCUGGUAGAGCUACAACUUUGGGGUCCGUGAGGGUUUAAACAACGUAAUUUUGUUUCUUGCAUAAUUUUUCUGUCUUUUGAAUGCUAGAAAAAUAAUGAAUCUGGCGAUAAUAUUGAGAGGCUGUAUGUUACCCAUAACAAUCAAUUUCAAGCAUAAUAAUUUUAUUUAUAGAACGCUGUUAACAAACAUAAUGUAGGCUCAAGGCGCUGUGAUAACAUUAGAAACAUAAUCAUGGGAGCUAAAAUGACAAACUAAUCUAAAAAAAAGUAUUGAACAGAUAGUUCUAAAUGUUCUUCUUGAAUGUAGUGAAGCAUCUUGUCUUUCUGAGAAACUUGUACAAGUGCUCCUUCUUCCGCUCCUUCUUCCCUAGUGCUAUGAGAACAUUGAAUGGGUUGCCUGAGCUAGCCAGGAAAACCAGUGACUUGGCAGAAUUGAAGUCAUUGGUUAAUAUGCAUGACUAGAUUGACAUAGAAAAACGCGUAGGACGUAAUCAUAUUCUUUUUUGAAGUAACGUCUGUAUUAUAUAAGAUAAGAACAAUGAAUUCAGAAAUUCAUUCUACUGGAUGUCACAAAGCUCUUUUUCUAAUAUUAAGAAGAAAAAAAAAGUCUAAAAGUUAGAAGUAAAAAGGGACUGAGACGGACCAUUAAGCAUUUCACGUUAAGUUUAACUCUUUCUCUCCUAACUAACGAUACCAACGUUGAUUCCACCAGAAAUGUGGUAAAUAGUUACGGAGAGAAAGAGUUAAUAAAGGAAGAGGCAGAACUGACCUAUAUAAUGAUUCGAGGAACAUACAAGGCAUCGUCCAUGUAGCGCAUGGUAAUGGGUGGGAUCGUCAUAAGAUCAUCCUCAUGUUUAACUUUCCUAAUCGACGGUACCAUCGUUGAUUUGACCUCAUUAAAUUAAAUUAAUGUUUAAUUUUAUAAACUUGACUUUGUGUUACAUAAAAAAGAGCAUGCAUUUCCCUUUAAUUCUAUACCAAAUACAACAUGUUCUGAUAACAAACAACAAAGCUAUUGAAGCCCAAUCAUAACAGGGGAGUGAAAUAGUAAUGAGCAGUAUUCCUUCAAAAUAUGGAAAAAAUAAUUACGGAGAGAAAGAGUUAAGUAAAUAAGACAUCUUUUCGCGGACUCAUUAGGGACAAAUUUUAACAUUCUGACAAAAGAGGAAUUUGCAUCGCGUUAUGGAUAAAGCUCCCGUUUCAGACCUUGCGAUCUAUAGGACUGAUUAUGGUAAGGUCAUCUGUUUCUUGGCCAACGAUUAACUAGCAGGGUGUCAUGUGGUCAGCACUACGGCCAACCACCUUUACUUUCCCCAACUAAAAUCAGGUACCCAUUAGAGUUGGGUGGACUCAAAGGCGCCCUAAAAAUAAUCACAUUCUUCACGGAGAUUCGGAACCAGGACCCCAGGUUCGGAAAUCAAGUGCUCAAUCACUCAGCCACCGCAUCCCGCGUUAGGGGAGACAUUCUGAAAUUUCUUCAAAAGUUUCGAGCUUCUAUUGCUGCAAGCGCAUCUCGCGUAAAGGGUGAAUAGUUUCUGAUGAAACCAUGAUUGGGUCUUGCGUAAUUAAGGAAUAAAAAGGACUGAUUUGAAUGUCAAGAGACAUUAGACAGAAAAAUAAACUCGUGAAUUCGUAGUGUGUUUGUAUCUUGUUUAAGUUAUCAUUUCAUUUGUAACUCAACAUAUAUCUACUUUCAAAAUGAAGUUAUGUAUAUUUAUAAAUAAAAGUUAUUUUAUUAAG